GAGAGAGAGAGAGAGAGAUCGCUCAGUAAAUGAAAGCAGUGUGUCAGUACUCUCACAUUCAUCUGCAUGGCUGCCACAGAAGUAAACACAUAUCCAUCCGCCAACGUGCAUGGCGAGGUAACUGGACAAACUGGUAACAGCGGUGAAGCCGCCCAUACGGAGACUGAGGAGAUGCGGAGUCUGUCUCUGAGUGGUCAUGUGGGUUUCGACAGUCUCCCGGAUCAACUGGUCAGUAAAUCAGUCAGUCAAGGAUUCAGCUUCAACAUUCUCUGCGUAGGAGAAACCGGGAUAGGCAAAUCCACAUUAAUGAACACACUCUUCAACACAACAUUUGAGAAUGAAGAGGCCAGUCAUUUCCACAACGGUGUGCAUUUACGGCCCAGAACCUACAGCCUGCAGGAGAGCAAUGUGGACCUGCAGCUCACCAUUGUGGACACUGUGGGAUUCGGAGACCAGGUUAAUAAAGAAGAAAGUUAUAAGCCUAUCGUGGACUACAUUGAUGCCCAGUUUGAGAACUUCCUUGAGGAAGAGCUUAAAAUCAAACGUUCCCUUUAUAACUAUCAUGAUUCCCGCAUACACAUCUGCCUGUACUUCAUCGCUCCCAGCGGGCACUCGCUGAAGUCGCUGGAUUUAGUGACCAUGAAGAAGCUUGACAGCAAGGUCAACAUUAUUCCUAUCAUAGCGAAGGCGGACACGGUUUCAAAAAGCGAGCUUCAGAAAUUUAAGAUCAAGAUCAUGAGUGAAUUGGUCAGCAAUGGAGUCCAGAUCUACCAGUUUCCAACAGAUGACGAAGCAGUGGCUGAAAUAAACUCUUCUAUGAAUGCUCAUCUCCCAUUUGCUGUGAUUGGAAGCAGUGAAGAGGUUAAAAUUGGGAACAAAAUGGUGCGAGCAAGACAGUACCCAUGGGGAGUGGUACAAGUGGAGAACGAGAGUCACUGUGACUUUGUGAAGCUGCGAGAGAUGCUGAUUCGAGUCAACAUGCUGGACCUGCGAGAACAGACCCACGCCAGACACUACGAGCUUUACCGCCGCUGCAAACUCGAGGAGAUGGGCUUUAAAGACACCGAUGCGGACAGUGAACCCUUCAGUCUGCAGGAGACGUAUGUGGCCAAGAGGAGAGAGUUUAUUGGUGAGCUUCAGAUGAAGGAGGAGCAGAUGAGGCAGAUGUUCGUCAAUAAAGUGAAGGAGACUGAAGCGGAGCUAAAGGAGAAGGAGAGAGAGCUGCACGAGAGGUUUGAGAUGCUGAAACGCACACAUCAGGAGGAGAAGCGCAGCCUGGAGGAGAUGCGCAGAGAUUUCGAGGAGGAGAUGAACACAUUCAACAGGAGGAAAGUGGCUGCAGAAACCCUUCAGUCGCUGCAGGGCUCCACAGGCCUCAAAAAAGACAAAGAGAAGAAGACAUGAGAGACGACCAUCAGCAUCAGCAUUUCUACCAGUAUUUUAAGCAGCUCCUCUUUCUUUCAGGUGAUGAUUUUAUGAUCAAUAAUUAAUAUAAUCUCCUAAAAUUGUUGUUCCAAACUUGAAUGAUUUUUUGUUGCUGUUCUGUUUGUGAAACAUAAAAUAUAAAAAAGAAAAAGGAAAUAUGAAUAAAAUAAAGGCUGUGUUUUUGUCCAUACACUAGAUGCAAACACUCACAAAAUCUUAACUUUGGAACAACAUGAUUGUGAGUUUUUAGGCAAGCUUUCUACCAUUGCUCUGUUUAACUUUGUAUUAAUUAGUCAACAUGUUGUCUUAAUACAUGAAUUAAUGCCUGACUGUGAUAACUGGACUGUCACCAUAAUUUAUAAUUGAUUUUUGUACAUGGAUGUUUUUUUUCCUCUAAACAGUUUUACAGAAGUCUUGUACAAGAUUAAUUGAGGUUUGUGUAGAUUUAUAAUGACCAGAAUAAUGAUAUUUUUAAAGGUUAAGCAUCUCUGCUGUUACAGCUCACCUGAAACUCUAAUAUAUGUGAAUAAAUAAAUCUAAAAAUGUAUUAAUUCAAUAGUAAAAUAUUAAAUAAAAAUACAUUUUCA